AUGUGGUUGUUUAAAUGUAGAGCAACAAAGAAUGGUUCUGUUAUACUUGGGUACAAUUUUCGUGAUUCGGUUGAGGGUAUUAAAUUGUAUAAAUCAGUAAUCGAUUCAGGUGCGAUGGAAACGACCCUUCCUUAUUAUAUCCGUAGCACACUUGGAAGAAAAGGAUGGAAUAAUCGGGCUAGUUUGGCAGAGAGUCAUGUAGACAGCUCUCUUGUUGGAACCGAUGUUCUGGAUCAGUUUUUCUUUGUAUAUGAGCCAACUCAAGGAUUCAAGUUAAGGGAAUCAGAUGAAGCUUCUUUAAUCAGUGAUGGCAAAUUAUAA